AGACUUAACCUAACCGGUUUGACCCCAACAAUUCCCGAAAUAUCCAAUGUAUCAUAAAAUAACCAAAUAACAAUUAAACCCCCCAAAGACAUGUAUCUGACAAUAUUGUUCUUGACUGGACUCCUUCGGUGCAGCAUCUGGACCAAAAACAUGUCUCCUCGGAUCAAGAUCAGAGUUCAAUGCUUAAGGUGAUCUGCAACCAACGAGAUAGAUUUAGGGCACGUCUACAUGAGGCAGAAGAGGAGAUAAGGCAACUGAAGGAGAGAAUUGGAGCUCUAACUCAGGAGUUGGAAAAAUCUAAAGCAGACAAUGUCAAGUUGUAUGGGAAGAUGCGUUAUGUCCAAGAUUACAAUCUUGAGAAAGUAGUUUCAAGAGGAUCUUCAAAGAAGCAUGCGGAGGAUCUGGAAAGUGGUUUUAGCUCGGAUGUGGAAUCAAAGUACAAGAAGAUAUAUGAAGAUGACAUAAAUCCAUUUGCAGCGUUUUCAAAGAAGGAAAGGGAUCAACGGUACAAGGAGUUGGGAUUCAGGGAUCGAAUAACACUUAGCAGUGGACGUUUCCUUAUGGGCAACAAGUAUGCACGUACUUUCGCAUUCUUCUACACGAUCGGGUUACAUGUUCUGGUGUUCAGCUGCCUUUACCGAAUGUCGGCUCUCAGUUACCUUAGCAACGGCGAGGAAUCACUGGCUGUAGAUCAAACUAUAAACCUCCCGCAUGCACUCUGAUCGGGCUACGAGAAGAAGCUGAAGUGUUCAUUAAAUCGCACAGGAGGAGGUUCCCAUGUUUUAAUGGUAAUGUACAUACGAAGAGUGGACAUUUCUUGCAUGUCCAGAACUAGUGCAGUUUUUGGUUGGUAACUCAGCAGGUUGGGCUCGAUCUUUGUAUGAAUGAACAGGACAAUAGUUUUGUAAAUGCAACGGUUACUUUCCGACUCAUAUCUGCAAUGACCGUGGAUGUGAAUAAUCUCGUUCCUUUGAAUUUCCCCCCCGAAGAAUACGUUAUAAUAUAUUAACUCUUAAAAUACAGUAGUUUAAUAAUAAGAAGAUUUGGAUUAAUUGCAAGGUUGUUCAUUGGGAUUAAAAAAAAGUUUAUGUUUAGUCACUACAAAUAUUUAAUUCCAUUCGUGGUCACAAUAAUUAAUCAAACCGUUCAAGUUUGGUCACUCUCCGUUACCUUCCGUUAGUUUCCUUUAAUGCCGUUGGUUUUUUGCUGACGUGGCUAAUCGAAGUGCCUAAUCAGUUAAUUUUAAAGAAGAAAAAAAAUAAAAAUCCACCUGCCAUGUCAUUUUAGUUAAUCAUACAUAAGUUACCCAACCCUUGACCCGACCCUUCCUCUUCUUCCACUAAUUGACCCAACUGAAAAAAAUCCCUACCUCCCAAAUCACAUCUCCACACUAGCCCAAAGACGGCAGAUUCUCGAUUUUACUCCAAUUUGGCAGAUUCCCAAAUUGCAAAUCAAAUUUCCACGCAACGCCACCUCUCCGACUGUGGCUUCUUCUUCUUCCUUGCCUUGAACGACCUUUGUCCCACAAGACCCACUCCCUUUCUUCUCCACCUUAUGGUGUCGCUGAAUGAAAUCGAUGGAAGGAGUACAACCCGCGGAGGUAACAGGGGAUGGCAGAGUGAGAUUUGCGUUGUUCUUUCCUCUACCCUCGUGGUGAUUCAAAAAUUUGAUUUUGCACGAGGAGAAAGGGGAUGGAGGGACUGUGGUUGCUCUGUUCUAGGAGGGGGAGGAAGGUUAAUUGCAGUAGGAGACGGCGACCAUGAGUUCGGCGAAAAUGGAUCUGGCUUCGUGCUUCGCAAACGCGUCGCCGCUGGCAAGGAUUAGAGCGUGGAAGUCGGAUUUGGAGCAGAUUUUGGUGACCAUGUGGAGAUGGGAAUCGUCUUCGUAGUCAGCGUGGAGCUAGACGAGGUGAGGAUUUGGAUAGACGAUGCGCGGGAUCUUGGGGUCGGUCGAGAGUGAGGGUGUGGGUUACUUGCAGUGGGAGCCUGCGAUGAAGGAGAUGCACUUGAAGACGACGCUGAAGCGUACCCGGUCGAUCUCCUCGCAGAUUUGGUAGUCUCUUUUCAAGGCUUCACUCAUUGCUUUCAUUCUACUCGCUAGCAAUCAACAACAAUGGCAGAUUGGAGGUCGCCGCAAGAACCCUCCUCGUGAGAUGAUGAAGAAGACGACCGGAGCUAGCUUCCUUCCCGCAGGGAGGGGUCUAUUGGUAAAAUUAUGCCAAGUUUUGAGUUGGGUCAAUAGUGGGGGUUGGGCGGGUUCGGUUAUCUGAUGUGGCUACUUACUAACGUGGAGGUUUGUUUUUUAUUUUUUAUUUGUUAAAAUUGGGUGAGUAGGCAUUUCCGUUAGCCACAUACGCAAAAAUCUGACGACGUUAACGGAGAUUAACGGAUGGUAACAGAGAGUGACCAAACUUGGAUUGUUUGAUUAAUUAUAGUGAUCACGAAUGGAAUUAAAUAUUUAUAGUGACUAAACAUGAACGGUUUUUGUAAUUCUUUGCAAUUAACUAAAGAAGAUUUCAAAUUGCACAUAUUUGAACUUGAGAUACAAGCAAUAAAGUAUAAAUCUGCUCAAAUUUUAAGAUUUUGCAUCUCAAAUUUUAAGAUUUUGCAUAACUUUUCAAGAUCUCUAUAGGCGCAAUCAAAAGAUAAUCUAGAGGCGCAAUCAAAAGAUAAUCUAGAGGAUAAUUUUUAGCUCGAUCAUCUGUUGGAUGCAAUUUUCUACAUAACUGCUACAAUUUUUUUUUUGCAGAAGAACUCCUAAAUCUAAAAACAUGUCAUCUUUCAAAAAUUGCUCUCUAGUAAAAGUUGUAGUCUUUGAAUAGUUAUAUAAAAUAAAUUUCUUUUAUAAUGAUCAGAUGGCAAAGCACAAAAUUAAGACCGUCUUAAGUUUAAUGAAAUCAGAAAUUGACACAUUUGGGCCAGCAAACGAUCUUAUUUGAAGGCGUAGGCAAAGGCUAACCAUAUAACCUUUGAUCGUUUGUAGCUGUAGAGAUCUUAAAAAGUGAUACGAGAUACAAUAAACAAAUUGCGUCUAUCAGCAACUGAGCGCAAAUUUAGGACCGUUUGAUGUUCCAACGUAUGCAAGGUGAAAAUUGUAGGAGUCUCUGGUGAUUUAGGAGCUAGAUCGCUCCUACAGAGCUAUCAAAAUAGAACUGAUUCUGCAAUUUCUUUCUAAAAUAGUCCAUGGAUGGCCGGGAGUCCCAGACCUCACGUCAUGACAAAUAUAUGGGACAAGACCAGCCUCCUUCAAUCUUAGAGCUGCUUCACUGCAAUGUCGGUAUCUCUUUCCCUUGCGUGGAUCAUAACAUCCAUCCUCCAUGGAACCAAAAGGGACCGGACAUGUUAAUAUUUCCUCCUGCUCUACAGAACCAAUGAACCUAAAAUGUGUGACAAAAAAAACAGCAGGAAGCAAAAGAGGGAUGGGCUAACUAGCAGUAAAGGUUAGACAACAGGACCAUCUGCAGCAGCAUGCGGAGCACGCAGAUUGCUGUUCGGAGCAGCAAGGAGCAAAUGACUCCCGCACUAGUCAAUAGCUGCUGCGGCAAAGCCUUGUACCAGAAGAAAGUAAGUUGGAACAAUGAUCCUCGCAAGAGUUGCCCAAGCUUACUUAUAGUGACCUACAUUGAUGCCUUCCUCUAAUUAAAGAAUCUUUCCAAGGAUCAAUCUUUCCUUGUUCUAGAUAUUGAGACAUUACAUAUUUCGGCUUGGAGUUCCUAGUUUGGAUGUUCAUAACGAGAUCAACCCGAGUUAAAAUAGAUUACGACGAGAUACGAUCAAUCAAAAUCAAGGAGAAUUCGUUGAUGAAUUCUCAUCGGCACUAUGUUUCCUGCAACUCAGAAACUUAUAUUGCAAUUUAUACGUUGGUCAGGCACAUUACCACAAGUAUCCAUGGAAGGGUUUCAGGCUAGGUUAGGCUAGCCCAACAGAAAACUGAGCUAGCUUGGAAAAAUCGCAGCAUCCAUGACCACACACAAGUAGGGUUUGCAGCAAUAGAGACGAACAUGGGAGCAAAAGAUCACUGAAUAACUGGUAAACAGAUAGCCGGGGGAUAUCCAAACAAGGGAAGCUUUCUCAGUGUAAUGAUCAAAGAU